GUGUGUAUCAACACAGCCGGAGGAUACACCUGCUCCUGUACCGAGGGCUACUGGCUGGUCGGGGGACAGUGUCAGGGUAAGAACCUGAGUGUGUGUGUGUGCGGGAAAGUUGUGCAACGAACGGUAAGUUCUGGGGGCUUCCACCCAUUACAGACAAUGAAAUCAUAUUAUUUCAGGGGUAGGCCAGAUACUAUGCUAUAUCGUCACUACAACCAUUACUAUUCACCUCAUUUUCAACAGAAAUAUGAGUGGGUCUGUUUAGGUUUUUUUGUGGGGGACUUCCGGUUAAGCACUUCUGGCCAAUAGUUUGCAGCUAGCUAACUAACUCAGUAUCGCUUCUCACAACUUUCCAAACAUGGAUUCACGCAAAACUGGUAUUUUAUGUUCGGUAAGGGGAUGCCACAAUAACUGGCAGAAACGGAAGCUGUUCAUCGAGCAGGAGUGUUUCGACCACCAAACUUUUUCGAGGAACGAGUACAGUUGUGAGGCGCCUUUCGAUUUGUAGCCAGCUGCUAAGGACGAGGAGUCUCUUCGGGCUUUGGCUCAAAGCAUUGAACUUGAAGUAACCACCGAACCGACCCUAUGUGUGUUCCUAUCACUUCAUGGACAAGAGGCCGACUGAAGAGCAUCCCUUUCCCUGAGAAGUGGCUGGGCUAUGACGCUCCAGUACAGCACAUCAGGACAUCAACACAUACAGGUAGCUGUUAGCUAGCUGCUACUCGCUAGCUAUCGUCACAGAUGGGUGUCCUGAAUCAGGCAGAAGUUAGCUAGCUUAGCUAAUUAUGUUACCAGUUGGUAGCCACUCCUAAGUCCUAACAUACUGUAGGUAGCUAACUGUUGCCUAGCUUACUCACUUAGCUGGCUAGCUUGAGGGCAGCCCAUCUGAUACAGUGUUGCUAGCUAACUAGCCUUGCAAAAAAAUUAAUAACGUAAAAGUGGUGCGUGCAUAUGUGUUCACCCCCUUUUCAAUGAAGCCCCUAAAUAAUAUCUGGUGCAACCAAUUACCUUCAGAAGUCACAUAAUUAGUUAAAUGAAGUCCACCUGUGUGCAAUCUAAGUGUCACAUGAUCUGUCACAUGAUCUCAGUAUAUAUACACCUGUUCUGAAAGGCCCCAGAGCCUGCAACACCACUAAGCAAGGGGCACCACCAAGCAAGCGGCACCAUGAAGACCAAGGAGCUCUCCAAACAGGUCAGGGACAAAGUUGUGGAGAAGUACAGAUCAGGGUUGGGUUAUAAAAAAAUAUCAGAAACUUUGAACAUCCCACUGAGCACCAUUAAAUUAAAGAAUAUGGCACCACAACAAACCUGCCAAGAGAGGGCCGCCCAACAAAACUCACGGACCAGGCAAAGAAGGCAUUAAUCAGAGAGGCAACAAAGAGACCAAAGAUAACCCUGAAGGAGCUGCAAAGCUCCACAGCGGAGAUUGGAGUAUCUGUUGAUCAUAGGAUCACUAAAGCUGGGCUUUACGGAAGAGUGGCCAGAAAAAAGACAUUGCUUAAUGGAAAAAAUAAGCAAACACGUUUGGUGUUCGCCAAAAGCGAUGUGGGAGACUCCCCAAACAUAUGGAAGAAGGUACUCUGGUCAGAUGAGACUACAUUUGAGCUUUUUGGCCAUCAAGGAAAACGCUAUGUCUGGCGCAAACCCAACACCUCUCAUCACCCCGAGAACACCAUCCACACAGUGAAGCAUGGUGGUGGCAGCAUCAUGCUGUUGGGAUGUUUUUCAUUGGCAGGGACUGGGAAACUGGUCAGAAUUGAAGGAAUGAUGGAUGGUGCUAAAUACAGGGAAAGUCUCGAGGGAAACCUGUUUCAGUCUUCCAGAGAUUUGAGACUGGGACAGAGGUUCACCUUCCAGCAGGACAAUGACCCUAAGCAUACUGCUAAAGCAACACUUGAGUGGUUUAAGGGGAAACAUUUAAAUCUCUUGGAAUGGCCUAGUCAAAGCCCAGACCUCAAUCCAAUUGAGAAUCUGUGGUAUGACUUAAAGAUUGCUGUACACCAGCGGAACCGAUCCAACUUGAAGGAGCUGGAGCAGUUUUGCCUUGAAGAAUGGGCAAAAAUCCCAGUGGCUAGAUCUACCAAGCUUAUAGAGACAUACCCCAAGAGACUUGCAGCUGUAAUUGCUGCAAAAGGUGGCUCUACAAAGUAUUGAUUUUGGGGGGGGUGAAUAGUUAUGCACGCUCAAGUUUUUGUUUGUUUCACAAUAAAAAAUAUUUUGCAUCUUCAAAGUGGUAGGCAUGUUGUGUAAAUCAAAUGAUACAAACCCCCCCAAAAAUCCAUUUUAAUUCCAGGUUGUAAGGCAACAAAAUAGGAAAAAUGCCAAGGGGGGUGAAUACUUUUACAAGCCACUAUACAUGUCAAGAGAACCAGUCAACAAGCCCACCUACCACAAAUAAACCCAAUGUGGUGGUGCAGAGCCAUUGAUCCACACCAUCCUGAAGAAUGACUCUAGCUCAGUGUUAUAUACUGGCCUUCGUCUUAGUGUUUUCUUUGACCAUGUAGUGUUUCUGCAGAAAUUCUACACGGCUAACUUCAAAAAUGCAUAUCACUGAUCAAAUACUGAUAACCUUGAUGAAGCUGAAGCUGAAUCUACUCCAGGGUGAUCGUGCUGAACGCUUCGCUGUGUCCCAGGGAGUAGCGAGCAGAAUCCUUUUGCCUACUGGAUUGACACACAAUGGAGGAGCACAUGAGGAUCUACAUUCCAUGGCUGCCGAGGGAGACGUUCCAGAACACAAUGCCUCAGUGCUUCAAAGAGAAGUUCCCCCAACACCACUCGCAUCAUUGACUGCUCUGAAACCACUCUUCAGAAAGCCCACAAUAUCUAUUCCAAAGGGAGGUCAUACAGCCACUAUUAUUCCAGAAAUACUCUCAAGUAUUUGGUUUCCAUUGCUCCAUAUGGACUUGUUAUGUUUCAUGCAUAUGGAGGCAGAUGCAGUGACGAGUUCAUCACCCAAAACUCUGGCUUCCUGGAAUACCUUAGGCCUGGCGAUGAAGUUAUGGCAGACAGGGGCUUCACCCUCGGAGAUCUGCUGUAUGAGAGGAAGGUAAUCCUUGCCAUACCAGCCUUCACUCAGAAAGGAGACCAGCUGUCUGACGAGGAUGUCACAAGCACGAGAAGGAUAGCUAAUAUACGUAUACAUGUUGAGAGAGUUAUCAGACAACUCAAGGUGUUCAAAAUCCUCUCCCAGACUGUUCCCAUCAACCUGACGCACAAAAUGGACAAAGUCCUUAGCAUCUGUGCAGCACUUGUUAACAUGCAGGGUGAGAUCAUCCAUGAGGAUGCCAAGUGAGCUGUGAGAAUGUUCAUACAAAUGAAAUGUAACUUUAUACACUAUAAUUUCAUCCACAUGAGAUACUGUGUGUGUAUAUAUAGUUUCCUAUUUAAUCAGAAUCAUUUUAAUGUUCCUACAUUAGAAAUGUACUGUAACUUCGCCUGUUCCUGAUAAUUACAGGCAUCCAAUAGGUGAUGCUAUCAUGCCUCCUUCAAUCUAUUUCAAAUACAUUUUCUUCAACACCAAACUGUCUCUAACAGACCAAGAGGGAAGCCAACUGUUUAUGAAGUGUCGCACGGUUUUCUUAAUUAGUGCCCUUGAAAACCAAACCCAGAAUCAAACUGAAAACACAUUUGAAACCCUUAGACACGCCUCCUCUUCCUUCAUUUCAAAAUGUUAAGUGUCGAAGAAAAUGUCAACAAACUUGAAUUUCAGUGUUUUUAUUAACACAAUAAUUUGCCAAGUGCGAGAUGAAUUACGGCAUGCUCAGAUAAGUUCAUGAAGUGCAAUACGAAAAGAAAGAGCGAUACAAGGUACAAUAAAAAUAUUCAUAAAUCAUAAGGAGUUAUCCGUAGGCAUUAGAUAAACAUGUAUGAAAAUAGCUGUACAAGACUAGAUAUAAAAAAAUAAAAAAACACCAAGAAUUAUGCAAAUAUAAUCAGGUAAAUUUGCAUAUGAAGAGAACUGUGCAAGACAACAACAAAAAAAAAACACCAAUCAAGAGUUAUGCUUAGAUAAUAAGGUAGCGCUGACAGAGAGCUUUACAAGGCACAAAACAUAGGAACUAUUUAAAAACACAGAAGUAUUAGGCCCCUAGAUACCACAGAGAUGAACAUAUUUGGAGCACAGAGUUAGUCUGCCUCACUAGAACUCAUCUACUAUCCUUGGCAGCAUAUGUGUGAAAUAGAAUGCCUUCAGUUUAGGGAUGACAUCAGCACAGAACUUCACAUCAAAAGGCACAUCAGUAACAGCCUGCUUGGGAUGGAGCCCAGACAAGCAGUUUGCAUCUCUCCAGUCCUGUGCAGAACAUGCCCAUUUGCACCUGCAGGUAGUACCCACGGUCUCCAUUAGGUGGCAGCUGACGAACCCCGUCCACCAGCUUCACGUCGGUGAGUUUUGCGUAGAGAACAGUUCGGUCAGAGACUCACACUUCUUACUCAGAACAGGACAUUUGAUUUCUAGAAGUUCUUGAGAGUUUAACACUCCACCUGGGCUUGCAGAAAGCCACGGCUCCUUGACACUCACUACUGUGCCUCUACUCUCCAGACUAAACCCACAGUUCUCCAUCCAUGUGAAGGCUCCUUGACACUCACUACUGUGCCUCUACUCUCCAGACUAAACCCACAGCUCUCCAUCCAUGUGUAGGCCACCUGCUCCUUCUCCUUGUCAUGUGUGGUUGCUGAGUUCCCCCUGGAACCUGGGGAAGAGAUGCUCCCGCACAAAGUUGUCGGGAUUUGUUGAGGUGCGCACAGGAACCUUCUUUGCUGAGCUAGCAGUGAGCCGAAGUUUCCGCGCGUCACACCACUCUGUGCUUUAGCGACCUCCUCCAAGCUGUCACAUUUCCACUCCUCCAGCUUAACAUAAACGUCAUAAACAUGACAAGCAUUUCUGACACUGCAUGUUGAGGCUGUGUUCACCGUGAGGCUGCUGUAGCUGCUGUUUGGUUUAGCUUUGAUGCACUUGUGCAGACGGCUCCCCACUGGAAUAAUGGCCACUUCCAAACUCUUCUUAAGUGCGUUGUGGGAGUGGUACGCAGGAGUUGGAGGUAGAGAUGGAGAAGCGGCUGGGGUGCUGUCAGAGAACUUCGGCACUUGGUUUGUGAAUUUUGAAACGGAUCUCGCCUCGUCCUUUUUGGAGCUAAAUUCCGCUGCGUCCCCGAGUUCCACUGGCCUUGCUCAUCUGUACAGGACACCCCUGUCAAUCCUCCAUACACAGCAUUCUGCACCUUCAACGAAACACUACUGUUAGAAUAGUCAAUUACAGUACAGAACACUAGUUUACCUGGUGUUCACAGCUGACUAGUUUACACAACUAGUAGGUUUAGGUUAUGUUGGUAAUUUUCCUAUUUGAUUGUAAAACUCACCUUGAUUCUGUACCUACCUCAUUGCCAUUCGAGAUUAGACUGAUAUACUUCCACAAUGAGCCAUUGAAACCAAGAACCGUGUGUGCAUGUUGUAAUAGUUAACGUUAUCAGUUCUGGUCAGUGAUAUGGUAUCAUCACAAUUAGCUAGCUAGCUAAGCAACUAGCUAACGUCAAACGUAUCAGUCAUAGAAAGGGUUACGAUAAACAAAAAAGCCAGCGAGCUAGCUAACUUCCAUAGUAUUGCAGCUGCAUGACUGCAAGACUUCCCCUGCCCUGCAACACAAGAACUCCCUGCAGUCUCCAUCGUGCCGACAGAUGUGCUUUUGUAGCUCCUCAUCUCUGACCCACAGAGAGACAAGACAAAAUAAUUGAAGAUGUCUUCGUAGUUGAUAUGUGGCCCUUUUUUUUCCAUAUCGUCCUCCCACUAUAAUAAUAAUAAUAAUAUGCCAUUUAGCAGACACUUUUAUCCAAAGCGACUUACAGUCAUGUGUGCAUACAUUUUUAACGUAUGGGUGGUCCCGGGGAUCAAACCCACUACCCUGGCGUUACAAGCGCCGUGCUCUACCAAUUGAGCUACAGAGGACCACUCUUGAAUAAUCCACGGAUGUGGCACAGACUUGCCAUUCUACUUUGAAAGGUUUUUCUUGGUAUGAUCCCACGACAUUUUGAGCUAGCUAGCUAAUGUUCCCAAAACGGCAAGAACGCCACAACGGAAGUCCUCCACAAAACAGAACGUUCAGACAUUUGUUUUGUUUUCUGGGUUCUUAAAUAAGGUGAAUAUGUCUAAUAGUUGUUUUUUUGCUGUGUCAAACUUUGCUUCCCCCUGAUUGUUCCACGUCUCUUUGUGUUUCCAGACAUUGAUUGUUUAACUUCCACCUCUCUGUGUCCAGAUAUUGAUGAGUGCCGCUAUGGGUACUGCCAGCAGCUGUGCGCCAACGUGCCAGGCUCCUACUCCUGCUCCUGUAACCCUGGCUUCCUCCUCAACCCUGACAGCAGGACCUGCCAAGGUGGGCACACACACACACGUACACACUGGCAUCCAUGCAUGCACCCAUAUACUCACACAUACACAUACACACAUAUACUGUGAAGGGAGUAGUACACAGCGUUGUACGAGAUCUUCAGUUUCUUGGCAAGAAUAGACUGACGAGUUUCAGAAGAAGGUUAUUUGUUUCUGGCAAUUUUGAGCCUGUAAUCGAACCCACAAUUGCUGAGGCUCCAGAUACUCAACUAGUCUCAAGAAGGCCAGUUUUAUUGCUUCUUUAAUCAGCACAACAGUUUUCAGCUGUGCUAACAUAAUUGCAAAAGGGUUUUCUAAUGAUAAAUUAGCCUUUUAAAAUUAUAAACUUGGAUUAGCAACCACAACGUGCCAUUGGAACACAGGACUGAUGGUUGCUGAUAACGGGCCUCUGUACGCCUAUGUAGAUAUUCCAUUAAAAAUAAGCCGUUUCCAGCUACAAUAGCCAUUUACAACAUUAACAAUGUCUACACUGUAUUUCGGAUCAAUUUGCUGUUAUUUUAAUGGACAAAAAAAUUGCUUUUCUAUCGAAAACAAGGACAUUUAUAAGUGACCCCAAACUUUUGAACAGUAGUGUAUUUAAUUGUAAUUUUUGGUCAACGAUCUACACAAAAUACUCUAAUGUCAAAGUGGAGGAAACAUUUUAACAUUUGUAAAAAUGAAAAAGAAAACACUAAUAUAUCAUGAUUAGAUGAGUAUUCAACCCCCUGAGUCAAUAUAUGCUAGAAUCACCUUUAGCAGCGAUAACAGCUGUGAGUCUUUCUGGGUAAGUCUCUAAGAGCUUUCCACACCUGGAUUGUGUAACAUUUGCCCGUUAUUAUUUUCAUAAUUCUUCAAGCUCUGUCAAAUUGGUUAUUGAUCAUUGCUAGAUAACCAUUUUCAGGUCUUGCCAUAGAUUUUCAAGCAGAUUUAAGUCAAAACUGUAACUCGGCCACUCAGGAACAUUCACUGUCUUCUUGGUAAGCAACUCCAGUGUAGAUUUGGCCUUGUGUUUUAGGUUAUUGUCCUGCUGAAAGGUGAGUUAAUCUCCCAAUGUCUGGUGGAAAGCAGACUGAAGCAGGUUUACCUCUAGGAUUUUGCCUGUGCUUAGCUCCAUUCCGUUUCUUUUUUAUCCAGAAAAACUCCCCAGUCCUUAACGAUUACAAUCAUAACAUGAUGCAGCCACCACUAAGCUUGAAAAUAUGGAGAGUGGUACUCAGUAAUGUGUUGUAUUGGAUUUGCCCCAAACAUAACACUUUGUUUUCAGGACAAAAAGUUAAUUGCUUUGAAACAUUUUUUUGCAGUAUUACUUCAGUGCCUUGUUGAAAACAGGAUGCAUGUUUUGGAAUAUUUGUAUUCUGUACUUUUCACUCUGUCAUUUAGGUUUGUUGAUCCAUCCUCAGUUUUCUCCUAUCACAGCCUUUAAACUCUGUAACUAUUUUAAAGUCACCAUUGGCCUCAUGGUGAAAUCUAUCAGCAGUUUCCUUCCUCUCCGGCAACUGAGUUAGGAAGGACACCUGUAUCUUUGUUGUGACUGGGUGUAUUGAUACAGCAUCCAAAAUGUAAUUAAUUGAUUAACUUCAACAUGCUCAAAGGGAUAUUCAAUGUCUGCUUUUUAAAUGUUUACCCAUCUACCAAUAGGUGCCCUUCUUUGCGAGGCAUUGGAAAACCUCCCUGGUCUUUGUGGUUGAAUUUGUGUUUGAAAUUCACUGCUCGACUGAGGGACCUUACAGAUAAUUGUAUGUGUGGGGUACAGAGAUUAAGUAGUCAUUCAAAAAUCAUGUUAAACACUAUUAUUGCACACAGAGUAAGUCCAUGCAACUUAUUAUGAGACUUGUUGAGCACAUUUUUACUCCUGAACUUAUUUAGGCUUGACAUAACAAAGGAGUUGAAUACUUCUUGACUCAAGACAUUCCAGCUUUUCAUUUUUUAUUAAUUUUUUUUUUUUUUUAAUGACAUUAUGGGGUAUUGUGUGUAGGCCAGUGACAAUACAUCUCCAUUUAAUCAAUUUAAAAUGUAGGCUGUAACACAACAAAAUGGGGAAAAAGUCAAGGGGUGUGAAUACUUUCUGUUACUCUAACCUCCUGCUUCGACACCUGUAAUCAAAUCAAAUCAAAAAUCAAAUCAAAUUGUAUUGGUCACAUGCGCCGAAUACAACAGGUGCAGACAUUACAGUGAAAUGCUUACUUACAGCCCUUAACCAACAGUGUAUUUAUUUUUUACAAAAAAAGUAAAAAUAAAACAACAACAAAAAAAGUGUUGAGAGAAAAAAGAGCAGAAGUAAAAUAAAGUGACAGUAGGGAGGCUAUAUAUACAGGGGGGUACCGUUGCAGAGUCGAUGUGCGGGGGCACAUUGUGGUAAUGUUGUAGUGAAGGUGUUACUCAAACCUCCUGCUUCCUCCUCUCUAGAUGUGGAUGAGUGCGAGGAUAACCCCUGUACCCACGGCUGUUUCAACACCUACGGCUCCUACAUGUGUAACUGUGAAGAGGGAUUUGAGCUGGCUUCUGAUGGGACCACGUGCAAUGGUGAUGACGCGAGAUCAAAUAUGUUCCGUGUUACAGUAACCAAAGAGAAGGCUGUCCGUCCCAAAUAGCACCCUAUUCCCUAUAUAGUGCACUAUGUUUGACCAGAGCGCAAUGGUGCACUAUAUAGGGAAUUUGGUGCCAUUUGGAACGCACAAAAUUGUUGAAGUGCGACAGAUAAAGGAGGUCUAUCCUAGUGAUCCAUAACGAUCCAAAUCAUUAUUUUACAUCUAGCUAUGGUUCAGUCAUUAUUUGUGCACCUCCUUUACACUUUGAACUGUAAUUCUUGGGCAAUACUGUAAUGACAGUGAUGACUAUUAUGUGAUGUACUGUGGUGUUAUGUGAUAACUACUAAUGCUGAGUAUCACCUGUAGAUUUGGACGAGUGUGGUUUCUCUGAGUUUCUGUGUCAGCACAACUGCGUAAACACACCUGGCUCCUUCCAGUGUCACUGCCCAGGGGGAUACUACAUUUAUGAGGAUGGGAGGAGCUGUGAAGGUAAUAAUAAUCUGUCGGCAUGACAGGAGACUGACUUACUGGGUGAAUCUCAAGAUACUUUUCCUUGCUUCCUCUCUCCUCGCUUCUUACUCAAAAUGUCAGAGGAAACUGAGGAUCUUCUCUCCAAUUCUGUCCUCGUUUACCUCUGGCAUUUUUAAGAAGGACGUGAGGAGAAUACUUUUUAGAUUCACCCUGGGACUAACUUUACCAUAACCUUUCUAGAUAGGACUAGAUAGAUGUAAACCUACAGGAGGGUAUCUCUCCAGGAACAGGGUUGGAGAGCCCUGGACUAGAUAGAUGUAAACCUACAGGAGGGUAUCUCUCCAGGAACAGGGUUGGAGAGCCCUGGACUAGAUAGAUGUAAACCUACAGGAGGGUAUCUCUCCAGGAACAGGGUUGAAGAGCCCUGGACUAGAUAGAUGUAAACCUACAGGAGGGUAUCUCUCCAGGAACAGGGUUGGAGAGCCCUUUUAUUAUAGUAUACCAAAGCUAAUUGCUUGUUUGUUUGUGUAAUAAUAAUAUGUGUAAAUUGUUAUAAUGGAUGAUGUUGCCGAUGUUGUUGUCUAACUGACGUGAAUUGUUGUGUGUUUGAUUUUGAAGAUAUCAAUGAAUGUGAGACUGGUAACAACACGUGUAGAACAGCACAAGUAUGUUUCAAUUUCCAGGGAGGCUAUACAUGCUUGGAUCCGCUAAAAUGUGAUCCACCGUACGUUGAACUCAGUGACAAGUGAGUGCACUCAAUACUAUUUCUCUCUAAGGACUGUGUUUCAUAUAUGUCUAGUCAAUACCUCUCAUCUCUCAUUAUAAUGAUUAUAACUUAAAAAAUUGUAUUACCACCUUUAUGAAAUCAGAAGUUUUUUAAGUGAUACACUACUUGACCAAAAGUAUGUGGACACCUGCUCGUCAAACAUCUCAUUCCAAAAUCAUGGGCAUUAAUAUGGAGUUGGUCCCCCCUUUGCUGCUAUAACAGCCUCCACUCUUCUGGGAAGGCAUGACUGUACGUCGCUUUGGAUAAAAGCGUCUGCUAAAUGGCAUAUUAUAAUUUAUUGUAAGGCUUUCCACUAGAUGUUGGAACAUGCUGUGGGGACUUGCUUCCAUUCAGCCACAAGAGCAUUAGUGAGGUCGGGCACUGAUGUUGGGCGAUUACGCCUGGCUCGCGGUCUGCGAUCCAAUUCAUCCCAAAGGUGUUCGAUGGGGUUGAGGUCAGGGCUCUGUGCAGGCCAAUCAAGUUCUUCCACACCGAUCUCAACAAACCAUUUCUGUAUGGACCUCGCUUUGUGCACGGGGGCAUUCUCAUGCUGAAACAGGAAAGGGCCUUCCCCAAACUGUUACCACAAAUUUGGAAGCACAGAAUCAUCUAGAAUGUCAUUGUAUGCUGUAGCAUUAAUGUUUCCCUUCACUGGAACUAAGAGGCCUAGCCCGAACCAUGAAAAACAGCCCCAGACCAUUGUUCCUCCUCCACCAAACUUUACAGUUGGCACUAUGCAUUCGGGCAGGUAGCGUUCUCCUGGCAUCCGCCAAACCCAGAUUUGUAAGUCGGACUGCCAGAUGGUGAAGCGUGAUUCAUCACUCAGGAGAGCGCGUUUCCACUGCUCCAGAGUCCAAUGGCAGCAAGCUUUACACCACUCCAGCCAACGCUUGGCAUUGCCCAUGGUGAUCUUUUGGCUUGUGUGCGGCUGCCAUGGAAACCCAUUUCAUGAAGCUGCCAACGAACAGUUCUUGUGCUGACAUUGCUUCAAGAGGCAAUUUGGAACUCGGUAGUGAGUGUUGCAACCGAGGACAGAAGAUAUGACUGUGUGCUCGAUUUUAUACACCUGUCAGCAACGGGUGUGGGCUGAAAUAGCAGAAUUCACUCAUUUGAAGGGGUGUCCACAUACUUUUGUAUAUAUAUCGUGUGUGUCUGUCAGUAACCAGGUUUCCGUCCCACCUUUUUAAUGCGAGUAAAGUCCAGUGGAUAAAAAAUGUCACGACAGGCUUGAUGGAAACAGCUAAUUUGUCGGUGAACUUUUCCAAAUGUCGACAAAUAAAAAUACACUACAAAAAGGUGGGAUCUUUUUGUGUCCGCAAAAUUAGUUAUGUGAGAAAUGGUGGUGGAAACGCCUUUUUAUGUGCAAAUAUUGACAUAAUUACUAUCAUAUCGAAGUAAAGUUGGAGUCACGUGAUGACAUGUUGUGUGGUCCUCCCACUACGACUCGGGAAAGCAUGCAGUUCAUUAGCCUACAGAUUAAAUACAUUUUGAUGAACUUCACAGGGUGGUGAAAGUACACGGUGAUGAGUUUGAUGCUCCUUUCCCAAUACAUAUCGAGGGUCUUAUUCUGGUGACAUGAUGAUCGAUGUUUGGCUGGCGUUUGACAAAUAAAAAAUAAUCUAGCUCUUUUGUCCAUUAUAAUCUCAUCAUGUAGGCUAUACCCACACACGGGCCAAGAACAUUCGCUAUAUACCCCUUUUUUUUGUGUAAAAUGUGAUGGAAACCCAUUUAACUUGUAUUAUUUAUUCGGUAUAUGGGAAUUUUAACCACAUACGUUUUUUUUUAUGCACACUGCGUCAUCAUGCACAUCCUUUUAUCCGCAACAAUUACAUUUGAUGGUGGGAAAACGCUAAUAGUUUUGCAGAUGUUUUUAUUAUUCGGAUGGAAAUCUGUCGCCAAUUGGAUGGAAACCUAGUUAGUGAUCAUGAGUUAUACGUAAUACUUCUGAUGUUUAGGUGUAUAUACAGUAUCAGUCAAAAGUUUGGACACACCGACUCAAUCCAGGGUUUUUCUUUAUUUUUUACUAUUUUCUACAUUGUAGAAUAAUAGUGAAGACAUCAAAACUAUGAAAUAACACAGUGAAUCAUGUAGUAACCCAAAAAAAGUGUUAAACAAAUCAAAAUAUAUUUUAUAUUUGAGAUUCUUCAAAGUAGCUGAUGACAGCUUUGCACACUCUUGGCAUUCUCUCAACCAGCUUCAUGAGGUAGUCACCUGGAACGCAUUUCAAUUAACAGGUGUGCCUUCUUAAAAGUUAAUUUGUGGAAUUUCUUUCCUUCUUAAUGUGUUUGAGCCAAUCAGUUGCGUAGUGACAAGGUAGGGGUGGUAUACAGAAGAUAGCCUUAUUUGGUAAAAGAAACGACAGUCCAUCAUUACUUUAAGACAUGAAGGUCAGUCAAUCCGGAAAAUGUCUUCUUCAAGAGCAGUCGCAAAAACCUUCAAGCGCUAUGAUGAAACUGGCUCUCAUGAAGACCGCCACAGGACAGGAAGACCCAGAGUUACCUCUGCUGCAGAGGAUAAGUUCAUUACAGUUACCAGCCUCAGAAAUCGGCAAUUAACUGCACCUCAGAUUGCAGCCCAAAUAAAUGCUUCACAGAGUUCAAGUAACAGACACAUCUCAAUAUCAACUGUUCAGAGGAGACGGCGUGAAUCAGGCCUUCAUGGUCGAAUUGCUGCAAAGAAACCACUACUAAAGUACACCAAUAAGAAGAAGAGACUUGCUUGGGCCAAGAAACACGAGCAAUGGACAUAGACCGGUGGAAAUCUGUCCUUUGGUCUGAUGAGUCCAAAUCUGAGAUUUUUGGUUCCAACCACUGUGUCUUUGUGAGUAGGUGAAUGGAUGAUCUCCGCAUGUGUGGUUCCCACCGUGAAGCAUGGAGGAGGAGGUGUGAUGCUGCUUUGCUGGUGACACUGUCUGUGAUUUAUUUAGAAUUCAAGGCACACUUAACCAGCAUGGCUACCACAGCAUUCUGCAGCGAUACGCCAUCCCAUCUGGUCUGCACUUAGUGGGACUAUCAUUUGUUUUUCAACAGGACAGGGCUAUUUAACCAAGAAGAAGAGUGAUGGAGUGCUGCGUCAGAUGACCUGGCCUCCACAAUCACCCGACCUCAACCCAAUUGAGAUGCUUUGGGAUGAGUUGGAUCGCAGAGUGAAGAUAAAGCAGCCAACAAGUGCUCAGAAUAUGUGGGAACUCCUUCAAGACUGUUGGAAAAGCAUUCCAGGUGACUACCUCAUGAAGCUGGUUGAAAGAAUGCCAAGAGUGUGCAAAGCUGUCAUCAAUACAAAGGGUGGCUACUUUGAAGAAUCUAAAAUAUAACACACAGUGGUUUGCGAAUGUAUUCACCCCCCUUGGACAUUUUUCCUAUUUUGUUGCCUUACAACCUGGAAUUAAAAUGGAUUUUUGGGGGGUUUGUAUCAUUUGAUUUACACAACAUGCCUACCACUUUGAAGAUGAAAAAUAUGUUUUAUUGUGAAACAAACAAGAAAUAAGACAAAAAAACAGAACUUGAGCGUGCAUAACUAUUCACCCCCCCAAAGUCAAUACUUUGUAGAGCAACCUUUUGCAGCAAUUACAGCUGCAGGUCUCUUGGGGUAUGUCUCUAUAAGCUUGGCACAUCUAGCCACUGGGAUUUCUGCCCAUUCUUCAAAGCAAAACUGCUCCAGCUCCUUCAAGUUGGAUAGGUUCCGAUGGUGUACAGCAAUCUAUAAGUCAUACCACAGAUUCUCAAUUGGAUUGAGGUCUGGGCUUUGACUAGGCCAUUCCAAGACAUUUAAAUGUUUCCCCUUAAACCACUCAAGUGUUGCUUUAGCAGUAUGCUUAGGGUCAUUGUCCUGCUGGAAGGUGAACCUCUGUCCCAGUCUCAAAUCUCUGGAAGACUGAAACAGGUUUCCCUCAAGACUUUCCCUGUAUUUAGCACCAUCCAUCAUUCCUUCAAUUCUGACCAGUUUUCCAGUCCCUGCCAAUGAAAAACAUCCCCACAGCAUGAUGCUGCCACCACCAUGCUUUACUGUGGGGAUGGUGUUCUCGGGGUGAUGAGAGGUGUUGGGUUUGCGCCAGACAUAGCGUUUUCCUUGAUGGCCAAAAAGCUCAAUUUUAGUCUCAUCUGACCAGAGUACCUUCUUCCAUAUGUUUGGGGAGUCUCCCACAUGCCUUUUGGCGAACACCAAACGUGUUUGCUUAUUUAUUUCUUUAAGCAGAGUGUACGGCUUAAAGUGGUCCUAUGGGCAAAUACUCCAAUCUCCACUGUGGAGCUUUGCAGCUAUUUCAGGGUUAUCUUUGGUCUCUUUGUUGCCUCUCUGAUUAAUGCCCUUCUUGCCUGGUCCAUGAGUUUUGGUGUGCGGCCCUCUCUUGGUAGGUUUGUUGUGGUGCCAUAUUCUUUCCAUGUUUUAAUAAUGGAUUUAAUAGUGCUCUGAGGGAUGUUCAAAGUUGCGGAUAUUUUUUUAUAACCCAACCCUGAUCUGUACUUCUCCACAACUUUGUCCCUGACCUGUUUGGAGAGUUCCUUGGUCUUCAUGGUGCCGCUUGCUUGGUGGUGCCCCUUGCUUAGUGGUGUUGCAGACUCUGGGGCCUUUCAGAACAGGUGUAUAUAUACUGAGAUCAUGUGACACUUAGAUUGCACACAGUUGGACUUUAUUUAACUAAUUAUGUGACUUCUGAAGGUAAUGGGUUGCACCAGAUCUUAUUUAGGGGCUUCAUAGCAAAGGGGGUGAAUACAUAUGCAUGCACCACUUUUCCGUUAUUUAUUUUUUAGAAUUUUUUGAAACUAGUCAGUUUUUUUCAUUUCACUUCACCAAUUUGGACUAUUUUGUGUAUGUCCAUUACAUGAAAUCCAAAUAAAAAUCAAUUUAAAUUACAGGUUGUAAUGCAACAAAAUAGGAAAAACGCCAAGGGGGAUGAAUAAUUUUGCAAGGCACUGUAUAUUUUGAUUUGUUUAACACUUUUUUGGUUACUACAUGAUUCCAUAUGUGUAAUUUCAUAAUGUUGAUGCCUUCACUAUUAUUCUACAAUGUAGAAAAUAGUAAAAAUAAAGAAAAAACUUUGAAUGAGUAGGUGUGUCCAAACUUUUGACUGGUACUGUAUAUAAAACACAGGCAAAUCUAAUAAAUUAAUAUUUUAAUGUUUUCAUUUUAGGUGAUCUUAAAAGUACCUACUAUACUGUCAUAUAUUAACCUUAAAAUAACCAAGCUUCAAAGAUUUUUUUUCUCACCAGUCAGUGUAUGUGUAGUGCUGAGAACCCAGCCUGUAGAGACAGGCCCUUCACCAUCCUGUACCGCCACAUGGACCUGUCCUCAGGCCCGCGGUGUUCCCCCAGCAGACAUAUUCCAGAUGCAGGCCACCACAGCGAUCCCCCGGAGCUUUUUCUAUAUCUUCCAGAUUCAAAGGGACCGGGCAACGACUGGGACGAGAGUUUCUACAUGGAGGGGUGA